AAAGACCACUUUGUACGUCUUUCCCUCAUUUAUGUCGGGGUGUUGCCACAUUAUCAGCAAGUGUCGAUGUUUUCUGUUUUCCCCAGCACGCAAUUAUUGUGAAAUAUUUCAACACAAUCGAAUUUCUCAUUCAUGUUAGUUUUACUGCUUUAACCUAGUCAUGCAGUUUAUACUGCUGCUCCAGGUGUGCCUCUUGAUACUUGGCUUUUCUGAGGCCAGCCCAGGUAGGACAUUUCUGAUGAUGUUUCCCCCUCAUAAUGGCCCAACAGAAAACAUCACAUAUCAAGUAACUAUCACAGCCAGUGGAGUUUGGACCUCAGUCACUGCACAGGUUCUGGAAAGCAGCUUCAUGCAACACGUUUUCCUCUCUGCUAGCCAAUCAAAGACGAUUUACCUGCCGUCACCCGUGGGCAUGACCAGCAAUCAAUCCCCCCACCUCCUAAGUGUGGUGUCUGUGUGGCCUGUGACAGUCAUUGCCUCAUUCUGUACUCCGGCUGGUUGUGACCAUAGUCUACUUCAUGACGUGUCCUCCUGGGGGACCCGAUACUACCCCAUUACUCCUCACUUUCCCAAUGAGAAAGCUGUCAGCCAGAUGGUGAUCACAAGCUCAGACCGUGAGACAUCAGUGGAUAUCUUCCUCUCAGGGGACGUGCUCUUUAAAGGCAUUGUGUACCCCAGGGGAACUAUCCUACAGUUGCAUUUAGCUGUUCUGCAGAGUGUUUACCUCCAGAGCAACUCCAGCUUAUCUGGCUCUGAGCUAAACUCCCAAGAAGCUGUAGGUGUUGUGGUUGGUUUUACUUGCUCUAAAUACGAAACUGGACAUUGCUUGUAUGGGUUUGCUGAACUGGAAUCUGUCUCUCACUGGAGUUUUGAUUACAUUGUCCCUCCCUUAGUAAACACAGAAAUGAGUUCCAGUUCCCUGUUGGCAAUGGUGACGAUCAACUCAACCCUUCACAUCACCAACAGCACUAGGCACACAAACAUGUCUCUUGUUGGUGGUGUUAUGAUGGUCAUUUCAGUCGUGACAUCAGAUAAAAUCCAGAUUGCAAGUGACAGUCCUCUUCAGCUUGUUUACCUAAGACAUUAUAAAAUAGAGCGUCCUUCGACUCUAACAGUGCUGCCAUCUGCUGAUGAUAUCUGCAAGAUUGAACCUAUGUUUGAUUCAGGUGAUAUCAGUGAGCAACAAGAUAACAGUACUCACUAUUUAAAGUCUGGUGAAAAAUUAUCCCAGAAGCCAAACUUUGCCGCACCUCAUGGAAAUGCAGAGACCAGUUCUCCUAACACAGACACAGAUGUAGGACACUAUCUGAGUACCAUGGACAGACAACGCUAUCCAGAAGCAUGCAAGAAAGCUUCUUGUGAGGAGUUGGCCUGUGGCCCUAAACGGGUGUGCUCAAUGAAAGAUGGAAAACCACUCUGUUCUCUGCAAACUAAAAUAUGCUCUGCAUGGGGCGACUCAUAUUACCGUACCUUUAAUGGAAGAGAUUUUGUCCUACAGGGAAACUGUAACUACACUUUAGUUCAGACUACCUGUCCUGGCUUAAAUGCUUCUAUUCCACUUCAGAUUAAUAUAGCCCGAGCAUAUUUGAACAGUGCCACUGUCUCCACCAUCCACACCGUGCACAUCAGCAUCCAGGGCUUUAAUAUCUCCAUGGUUAGAAAUGACAAAAAUCAUGUCAGGAUUGAUGGACAGCGGAGAAACCUACCCCUCACCCUCGGAAAUGGAACCCUGAACUUUUAUCCAAGUGGCUCCAGCGUUGUUUUAGAAACCACCUUUGGCCUGGCUCUGCAUUAUGACUGGAAGCACCAUCUCCAGGUUGAUGUCGGCCCUGAGUUGUAUGGCAACCUGUGUGGUUUGUGUGGAAAUGCUGAUCACAGCUCCUCAGAUGUUGUCCCUGCCUCCAACAGCACUAACGCGACAGUGACUGAAGAUUUUACCCUCCCGUGGGUGGUGAACAGUGACGCAGGCUCAUGUUUUGAAGAUUGCGGUGGUGCUGCUUCAUGUCCAGUGUGCAUCCAGAGCCAAGCCAAAUCUUUUCCUGGUGCUAAAGACAACUCCUUUCUGACAAAAUGCAAUCUACUGCAGUGGAAUGGUGGACCUUUUGCAGAUUGUCACUCAUAUGUUGAUCCUGAGCCAUUUGUUCGUAGUUGUGGGAACAACCUGUGCAUCAAUGAAGAGGCCUCUACAAUGUGCAAAAUCUUGGCAGCCUAUGCCACCAUAUGCCAGAGGCUUGGGGCCAGGGUCCAAAACUGGAGAACCUCUGCAAACUGCGCUAUUGCAUGUCCUAUGAACAGCCACCAUGAGAUCUGUGGUUCUGCUUGUCCUGCUACCUGCAGUGACCCCGACGCCCAUCAUAACUGUUCCCUCCCUUGUGUGGAAUCUUGCCAAUGCAACAGAGGGUUUCUGCUGAGUGGUGGGAAGUGUGUACCACACAGCAAGUGUGGCUGUCUUCACCAAGGCUCCUACUAUCUUCCCAAGGAGAAUUUCUGGAUGGACAAACAGUGCCAGGAAAACUGUGUCUGCCAGCCCAACUCCAAGAUGGUGAUGUGUGUAAAGUCCCAGUGUCGGGAUGGUACAAAGUGCAAAGUUCUGAACGGAGUCCUGGACUGUCACAUGGACGGACCUGGGAUGUGCAUAGCCAAAGGAGAUCCACAUUAUACCACUUUCGAUGGGCGUAACUUUGAUGUCUAUGGCAACUGUACUUACCUGCUCACUUCUCACUGUCCCUCCUGGGGGGAUCUUGAUGACUUCAGGGUGGAGGUCCAGAACCAGAUAAAGGAUAUUUCAAACAUUUCCUUCCGGCAUGUCACAAUGGUUGUCUCUGGUUAUUCCAUUGAGCUAUCAAAUGAUUGGAGUAAUAAGGUUAUGGUAAAUGGUCUGCUCCUGCAUCUUCCCUCCGUGUUGAGCCAAGGCAAAGUAAUCUUCUCCAUGACCGGACUCUCAACACGUAUAGAGACUGACUUUGGUCUUGUUGUGACAUACAGCUCUGAUGUCCUGACUGUUCAAAUGCCGAGGAUCUUCUCUGGUAAUCUCUGUGGUCUGUGUGGGAACUUCAACAGUGAUCCUGAAGACGAUGUGAUGCCUGACAAUGAAUCAGAUAUCUCUCAGGCUGUGAGACACUGGAAAAUAAAAAGCGAGCAUGAAUGUGCGGAUGUGCCUAUGGACACUACAGGAUGUAAUUCACAAGACAUGUCUCUUUAUAAGGGGAAAGAUUUCUGUGGAAGGUUACUAGAUACAGAGGGAACUUUUCAGAGUUGCCACAAAACAGUAGAUCCACAAGAUUUCUAUGACAGCUGUGUUCAUGACCUUUGCUAUGAUAACCAGAUCAGCCUGUGUCAGAUUCUGUCAAGCUAUGUUGCUGUUUGUCAAGAAAUGGGAACCAUAAUGGAUGAAUGGAGGUCUCCUGCAUUUUGUAAUCUCCUCUGCCCACCAAAUAGUGAAUACCACCUGUGCUCGAGUCACAUUUCUGACUGUGUAGGAAACCUGAGCCAUCAAACAGAGAAAUGCAAAGAGGGCUGUUUCUGCAAACCUGAGUUUUUCAACAGUGCUGGGAAAUGUGUACCAGACUCUGAGUGUGGCUGUGUUUACGAUGGUGUUUACCAUGAUGUCCACGAGGACUUCUACCCUGAUGAGCUCUGUCAGACACACUGCGUUUGUGUCGGCCACAACAAAGUACAAUGUACGAACCACACAUGUCCAAAAGGAACAACAUGUACCAUCAGAGAUGGCCUCAGGGCAUGCCACGCAUCAGAACCUCUUCAGUGCACAGUCAUGGGUGGCAGACACUUCAGUAUCUACGAUGGGAAUAAAUUCGACUUUGAUAUGGGAAGCUGUCGUUAUGUCCUGUCCCAAGCUUGUGAUGAGGACGAGUCUGAUCCCACUGUCAUUUUCCAGCAAGGAAAUCUAUACUUAAGGGACCAUGGAGUUAACGUUACACUUCAGAUGGAACAUUUGGGAAAAGUAAAGAUUGAUGGUGUUUUGAAGGGGCUUCCUGUCCAACUUGACCACAUCGUAGCACUUCAUUCUGGCUUGCUGACUCGUGUCGUUUUUGUAGCCACUGGGGUUGUUGUCGCUUAUGGAGGGCCUAAUCUGAUACAAGUAGUGAUUCCUGCCUCCAACAGAAGCAUGUGUGGUAUGUGUGGAAACACCCCUGCUGUCGAUACAGAUGACAAACGCAGGCCGAAUGGAAGCCUGGCCAAUGAUUUGUCCAUAUUUGCAUCAUCCUGGUUGCUCUCACCAUCUGGGACAAACUGCUCUGAAGAAUGUGAGCUCUGCUCAGUGUGCAACUCUAGCAUGGCAGCAGAAUUUGCCUCUGAUAACCUUUGCGGCAUGCUGCUGGCUCCUGCAGGAUCGUUUAGUGGAUGCCACUCUGCUGUGGACCCAGAGCCCUUCUUUCAGAACUGUGUGAAUGACUUAUGUAUGUCAAAUGGGAAUGAAGAAACCUUUUGCAGUAGUUUGAGUGGGUACACUUUUGCAUGCCAGGAGGCUGAAGCUGAGGCCAAACCAUGGAGGGGUGAGAGGUGCUCGCUCUCAUGCCCUGAAAACUCUCACUACAAUAUAUGUGUCAGUGCAUGCCCCGAGUCCUGCGGUAUUUUAUCCGAUAUCCCCUGCCCCUGGGCCUGUUAUGAGGGAUGUCAAUGUGACUCUGGGUACAUGCAGAGUGGGAAUGGCUGCAUUAAGGCUGAUGAAUGUGGCUGCUUCUACCAUGGGCACUACUAUGAGAUUGGGGAGAUAUCGUGGGCAGAGGGAUGCUCUGAGCGCUGUAACUGCUCUGCCACUGCCACCAUGUGCUGUGAGCCAGCUUCUUGCCCUGAGGGAGAAAGCUGCACCCUUAACAAUACUUGGGUCUGUGCAAGGAAAGCUGAUGAUGAUGAUAAAAUCUGUCAGACUGGAGAGACCUGUGUGGUUCAGGGCCAACCGCAACAAAACCAGUGUUGGAUAAUGGGAGGUGCUCACUUCCACACCUUUGAUGGAAAGAUGUUUGAAUUCCAAGGAAACUGUACCUACACGCUGAUCCAUAAAAUGAACGACACCAGUGACAAUAAUACAUUUUGGGUCGGGAUACAGACAGACAGGACCCCCAACAUGGCCUCCUCUUUAAAAGCCAUUCACGUCAAAGUGGCCAAACACAGUGUUGCCGUCUACAGAGAGGAAAAAGGUUAUGCUUGGGUGAAUGGAGAAAAAAUGCUGCUGCCUGUGAUUCUACAGUUUGGACUUGUAAAGAUUUAUCAGAGUGGCAUGUUUGUUGUUGUGGACAUAAGACUGGGCAUUCAAAUUAAGUAUGACUGCUCUCAAACUGCCACUAUCCUCCUGUCUAAUACAACACCAGUCGAUGGCAUGUGUGGAAAUAAUAAUGGCAUUGAAGAAGAUGACCUCAGGACCCCUCAGGGUGAGGCUGUGGAUGCUACCACCUUUGGCUGGAGCUGGAAAGUCCCUGAUCAGGAAGCUCGGUGCACAGCAGAUUGUGGAGAUGCAUGCCAACGGUGCUCUGCUGAACAGCUCCAGGAGAAACAAGUUGCAAGACUGUGGAUGUCUUUACAUGAAUACAUUUGGUCCCCACAGAAUCCAUUCUACCUGUGCAGAGAAGUUGUUAACUACAGUAAAAUCUCCACAGGAGUGAGCAUGUUUGACCUGUGCUCUAGUGAUGACCCUCAGAAGACCCUCUGCCUUUUCUUUGAGGGGUUUGCUGCUGCCUGCCAAAAUGCCCAGAUUGAGGUCAGGGAGUGGAGGAAUAGCACCAACUGCUCUGUGUCCUGCCCAUCGGAUAGCCAUUUUGAGACCUGUGGCACAGCCUGCCCCGCCACCUGUGAGGACCCCUUCAGUUCAGGCCCCUGCACCCUGGCCUGUGUGGAGACCUGCCAGUGUGACCCUGGUUAUGUCCUGGAUGGCGACAUCUGUGUCCCCUUGUCCCAUUGUGGCUGUACUCACAAUGGCUACCGUUACCACAGCAACCAGACCUUUUGGGCUGAUGAGGGAUGCACAGAAAAAUGUGUUUGUGACCCCAAAACACACCAGACACAAUGCCACGUGGAUUCUUGUGGCCCUGAUGAAUCCUGCAGCCUCCAAAAUGGGGUCAGAAGCUGUGUGUCACACCCGCAGCAGACAUGCCUGUACACUGGCCAUCACAUAGUCACCUUUGACCAGCAUGACUAUGAUUUGCAUGGCACCUGUCAGUACCAGUUACUGGGCAUGUGUGGACAGAGGCAAGGCAUUGAUGCUAUUCAAGUUCACGUACAGACAGACGGACACCUGGAGUCAGCACUUCAUGUCCUGGUCAACAUGAGCGGUGUACUUGUGGAGCUCAACAGCAGAAACACAGAGUUCUUAGAGGUUGAUGGUGUCAUAAAGAACAUGCCCUAUCACCUCAGCCCCACUGCACUAGCUUUUUCUUUGGGGCUGCACACCUACAUCUACACAGACAUAGGCUUUGAAUUCAGCCUCAGCACGGAGGGCACAGUCAACAUUCGACUGUCCAGUAAAUAUGCUAAUACUACGUGUGGUCUGUGUGGUAACUUCAACUCUGAUCCUGCUGAUGAUCUCAAAGCUGCUGGCACAGAGGAGCAUCUCAGUCCUGAACAGUUUGGAAAAGCUUGGAGAAGUGGGCAGAAUCCCUGGUGUGUGGAGGGAUGUCUGGGAGGAAGUUGUCCAAAAUGUUCAUCAGAGCGUCUGGCCCUCUUCUCUGACCCCGAGGCUUGUGGGAAGAUUCUGGAAGUAAAUGGACCAUUUAGACACUGUCAUGGCAAAGUGAACCCCUCCAGCUUUUACAAGCGCUGCGUCAGUGACCUGUGUCUUCACGGAGGUCUCCAGCCUGCACUGUGUCACUCUCUGGCAUUGUAUACUGCUGUCUGCCUCUCCCACAGAGCUACAGUUUAUGCCUGGAGGAGUCCUGGAUUCUGCUACCUGUCCUGCCCCUCCAGCACCAGUAACAACACAAGUUCAACCUCUGUUCAUCUCUGCCUUGGCUGGCAGAAUAACACGGUAGAGAUGCCUCCAAACACAGGGGAGAACUGCCUCUGUGAAGCAGGUUUAGUUCACAGUGGCAGCAAGUGUGUCUCUCCAGAAAACUGUGGCUGCUUUCACCAUGGAGAAUACCUGCGGGCAGGACAAGAGGUGUCAACAUGCGAAAAAAGCUGUUUAUGCAAUGCUGGGGGAUGCAUGACGUGUCGUAAUGUCUCCUGUGGGCAGGAUGAGGAGUGUAAGCUACUUAGGGGUGUUCAAGGUUGCCAUCCCAAACCCGAAGUGGCAUUCUGCUCUGUUGAUGGAUCCCAGUACACCACGUUUGAUGGACAGGCAUUUGAAUUUCAUGGUUCAUGUAACUACACCCUUGUGCAGACAUGCUCUCUCAAGAAGCCGGAUGUGGAGCCAGUUUUCAUAGCUGCACAGGGAAACCAGAGUGAGGGAAGGCAAAUCUACUUGCAAGUCGAUAAAAUGUAUUUUAAGAUAUCAGCAGCUUUCCCUGGAAAAAUACAGGUAAAUGGAGUCUAUGAGAACCUGCCAUUCGUCGGAAAAGAAUUCAAUGUGCAUCGACAAAAUGGACUGAUAACCAUAAAGACUCAGCAGUCAGUAGAGCUGAUUUCAGACCUCAAAAACCACAUUAUGGUCAAGAUGCCCAAAACAUACCACCAGACAACCUGUGGCCUUUGUGGAAACUACAAUGACGAUACUUCAGAUGACUUGCAGCUGCCUAAUGGCUCUGUGGACCCUGAGGUGUUUGGGUCAUCAUGGAAGCUGUCUGAUUCUGAGUUGAACUGCAGCAACACUUGUGACAGCACCUGUAAAAGCUGCCAGACCCCUAUGCCAAAGUACACCUCUGACCUGUACUGUGGUCUUCUCACUCAUCCCAGAGGACCCUUCUCUUCGUGUCACCAUUUAGUGUGCGCUCAGAAAUACUACUCGCUCUGCAUGAGAAACCUUUGUGCUGCACAGGGACUAGCCGGAGCCCUGUGUGAUGCACUGUGGGCCUAUGAGGCUGCCUGUAAGGCGGCAGGAGGAAAGGUUGACCUCUACAACACAACAGGCUGUGCUCAUCAGUGUCCUGAAUUCAGCCACUACAGCCAGUGUGCCAAUGCUUGCUCCUCACUGUGUCCUGAGAUAAGCCAGGUAGUGCAGUGCCCUACGGACUGUGUGGAAGGCUGCCAGUGCAAUAAUGGACAUCUUUAUGAUGGUGCUGUCUGUGUACCAGCAGAGCAGUGUGGAUGCUUCCAGAACGGGAGAAGGUUUAAGGCCUCUGAGAGCAAACUGCUACAGAACUGUACAGUUAACUGUACCUGUGGGCCUCCUCUCGUCUGUGAGCAAUACUUGUGUCCUCCAAUGCACAGUUGUGUUGUUUCAGAGGGAGUCAUGGGUUGCCACAAGGAUGCGGAACAAACUUCAGAUCCAUGCGAGGGGAAAUGUGAUGAAACAGAGAAAUGUUACCUGAGCGAUGGUGUGCCCAUUUGUGAGAGCCAUCUCGGUCUGUGUUGGGCCUGGGGAAGCCAGCACUACUACACCUUCGAUGGGCUGAGCUACAGCUUUGAGGGGACGUGUACAUAUCUGCUGGCUGCCAGCAAAGGAGCAGCAUGUGGGCUGACUCCCUUCAGUGUGUCCAAGAAGAAUAACUGCAACAGCAGUGGAGAAGCAUCCUCCACACAGAUGGCCACUGUGCAAGCUUAUGGGUUCAUCAUCAAGCUCAGUGGUGGAAAAGACAGCAUACAUGUGAAUGGUCGGGAGACUAAUACUCCCUUCAACCUGCUGCGGAGUAAGAUCCAAGUCACUUACAAAGAAGGCAAAACUCUACUGAAAACUGACUUUGGCUUGCAUGUCGUGCUCGAUGGAAACUCCACUGUUCUGGUUUCACUGACCCCCGACUACAAGAGCCGAGUCCAUGGGCUGUGUGGCAACUUUAAUGGUGAUCAUCAAGAUGAGAUGGCUGUAGCAAUGCCUGGUUCCCCUCCCAUUAACACAAGUUUGGAGCUCGCUAAGGCCUACCAGAUCUACGACGGGGACCAGAACUGUUGCACUGGCUGCAGGCAGGAGUUUGGUGUAAUCACCUUCCCUACAGACUUUGAUUCAGAACUUGCCGCUAGUCACAGAAAACGCUGUGGGGUGCUCAAGGAUCAAAAUGGUCCAUUCACCCACUGUCAUACUAAAGUCAACCCGGAUUCCUUUUAUGAAAGCUGUUUAAGUGAUCUCAUGCAUAAUGGAGGGUCUGACGGUGCUCUUAAACAGGCCAUGCAUUCAUAUUCUACAGUUUGUGAAACAUCCAGUCAUGACUACCUCAGUGAAAGGACUGUUGAUGUGCACUGUCUAACAAACAGCCAUUACAAGAACUGUGGCUCAGCCUGUCCUCCAUCCUGUGAGUUUGAUACCACAGUCUGUACUAAGAACUGUGUUCAAGGCUGCUUCUGUGACCCCGGGUUUAUUAAGAGUCCAACUGGCUGCGUGCGUCCACAUCAGUGUGGCUGCAUUGACUCCAUUGGCAAAUAUCACAGCCUCAACUCAACUUACUGGACCCCGGACAACUGUGGUGAGCUCUGUACCUGUGGACCAGCUGCUGGAAGGGUCCAAUGCCGCCCUGCCCACUGCCUGAGAGGAAUGGUCUGCAAGCAGCUUCACCACAAGAGAAUGUGUCAACCUGAAACACCCAUGAACUGUAGCAUCGUGACCGGGCUGCAUUUUACAACCUUUGAUGGGCAUCAUUUUGACUACAGAGAUAGCUGUUCAUACUCAUUAGUUCAAACCAAAUCGAACCUAACUGGACUAACUCCAGUCAAUAUCACUAUCUCUAAUGCAAAUUGCUACAAAAGGUUUUCUCAUAGCCUUAAUUUAACACUCACUAUCUAUGGUUUGGAGGUUGUGUUGGGAAAAAAGGACCCAGGAAUGGUUAUUGUUGAUGGACAGCACAAGCCCUUGCCUUACUCUCACCACACAGGCCAUGUUAGUGCAUACCGCACACCUUCAUCCCUCAUCAUCCACACUGAUGUGGGAUUACAGCUGACCAUCUACAACAUAGGCACUCUCGUGGUUUUUCUCCCCAUCAGCUACACCUCUUCUGUCUCUGGUCUUUGUGGGAAUGCUAACUCUGACCCUGAUGAUGACCUCUUAAUGCCGGAUGAGGAGCUUGCCCAAAAUAAACUGGAGUUUGUCCACAGCUGGAGGUCUCAGGGUGCAGACACGUGCAAGACCGACUGUUCAUCCAGACUGAAGCCUUGUCCUGCUGAGGCUCGGAGGCUUUUUGAAGGCAGUGACUUCUGUGGUGUGUUGUUGAAUGAGCUUGGGCCCUUUGCAGACUGCGCAUCAGUUUUAAGUCCCAAGCAUUACUUCCACAGCUGUGUUGUAGACACCUGCUCUUAUAAUGGGCACUACUCAGCGCUCUGCAGCUCCAUUGCAUCUUAUGCAGCCGCCUGCCAAGCAGCUCAGCUACCAGUUAGGCACUGGAGGAGUGACACUUUCUGUGGCAUGUCCUGUCCUAAAAACAGCCACUACGAGCUGUGUGGACCUCGAUGUCCUGUCGUGUGCCCUGGACUGUCCUCUCCAGCUAACUGUAGUGGAGGUUGCGAGGAAGGCUGCCAGUGUGACCUAGACUACGUCCUGAGCGAUGGCCAGUGUGUCCCGGUUUCUGACUGUGGCUGCAUGCAUGAGAGACACUAUCACGCUGCAGGACACUUCUACUCUGAGCAAAGCUGCCAAAAGUGUAACUGUGAAAGAGGAGUAGUGACCUGCAGCUCCGUGGAGAACUGCUCAGUAGAGGAGGGACAUGCCUUGCAGUACGGAGUGUGCCAAGUAUUUGCUGGCUUUGGCUACAUCACUUUUGAUGGUGUAAUUCUGCCUCAUUAUGGAGCGUGCACCUAUUUAUUGUCAGCCCUUUCCUCUCAGGCUGGCAAAAACUAUACUCUGCUUCUCAGCUUUAAAAAUGACAGCAGUGGCAAUUUCACAAUCAGCAGAAUAGCAAUUCAAAUGCUUUCAAUUGAGGUGUCUAGUGACCCUGAAACACUACGGAAAGUAGAAGUGUUUAUUUACCCUGAAACACUAUUGAAAGUACAGGUUAACAGAGAAGAGCGCAGCAUCCCUUUUGAUAAUGGAGAGCUCAAAGCAUACCAAGAAGGCAACAGGCUGAUUAUCAAGACAGUUAGUGGGUUGGUCCUUGACUUGUCAUCCACUCAGUACCUCAGGUUAACUGUUCCACAGGAGUAUGACGGCACAUUCUCAGGCCUCUGUGGGAACUUCAAUGGGGACAGGUAUGAUGACAUGGAACUGAGAAAUGGUAAUCUGACCACAAGCUUCACAGAGCUCCUGAACAGCUGGACAGAGUUGGAUCCUGGAGAAUACUGCACCGAUACUUGCGGGAAAGAGUGUGAUGAAUGUAGCCUCUCCCCAACGGACAGCAGUGUCUGUGAUGUCCUGAUGAACAGUAGUAAUGAUUUCAACCAAUGCUGGAACAGCAGUGUGGAGCGGGACAUCUAUGCUAAAAUGUGCAUGAGGGCCGUUUGUUCAGGAGCAGGGGACAGGGCUGCAUGUCUCUCACUGGAAGCAUAUUCUGCAGCCUGUGAAGCUAAAGGAAUACCAGUAGGACCAUGGAGAGAGAAUACAGCAUGCUCUCUGGAGUGUCCUGACCGUAGCAGUCCGAGCAACUGUGUUGACUCCAGCUCCAACUCAUGUCCUGCUUUGCUACAGCCUGGUUCUCCAGCAGCCGGCUGCUCACAAAGCUGCCAGUGUGACCAUGGAAAUGUGUUUGAUGGGGGCGAGUGUGUGCCCUACAGUCAGUGUGGGUGUGUUCUUGGUGAUAAAUAUAUCAAGUGGGAUGAGCAGCUGUACACUGAGGGCUGCACCCAGAAGUGCUGGUGUCACCCCCUGAGUGGGGUGCUGUGUGAGGAUGCAGGCUGUGGUGCGGGGCAGCAGUGUGCUCUGAGGAACGGUUCCUGGGGCUGUCAGGAUAGACCUGGCGUUUGUGAGCUCAGGAACAGCCUCCAGGUCUCCACCCUCAGUGGACCGCUUCUGAUCCUGGAACCCCGCUUCCCUUACAGCCUGAUGUCGAUCUGUGAUGAGUCCAGUGUGCAGUGGUUCAGUUUGAUCUCCUACCAUGGACCUUGUGAAAACAACACUUCCAGAUUUGUCACUGUGUUUCAAAUCCUCCUGCAUGGAUCAUUAGUCACCAUACAGGAUGGCAUGGUGAAGGUGAAUGGACAGUUUGUGUCCCUCCCUCAUGUUCUACCAUCAGGGAUCUCCCUGACAUCAGGUGUGAGCCCGGACAAAUCAGAGGUCACAGUCAUCCUGAGGAGAGAUGCUGGGAUGGAGUCAGAGCUGGAGAUAGAGAUUGGUGUUACGAUGGUGAUGGUUAUUCCUCUUUGGUACUCAGAUCAACUGUGUGGUCUGUGUGGAAACCUGAAUGACCUCCACUCUCACAGUCCCGUCAGCUCAUGGGUCCUCCAUGACCUUCCAGGAUGUGGCAUCACUGGAUGUGACACUCUUUUAAUCUCCAAUUGAUAUAUAUUGUUUUAAAUAAAAAACAAUUUAAACAACUUUG